AUGGCUGCAGUCGUAUUUAUCACCGUCCACGGCUCUAAUGGCGCCACGGUUUCAUUGGUGUGCUCCAAAACUAAGGUAGCACCACUCAAACGACUCACCAUCCCGAGACUUGAACUCACUGCAGCACUGCUGCUCUCAAGACUCAUGCAAUACGUUCAAGCCACCUUGAAGUUGAACGUUACAGCAACUCACCUGUGGACGGACUCUGUUGUGACACUCACGUGGAUCAAAUCUCAUGCAUCGCGCUGGAAGGACUUUAAGAAACCGAGUUGCUCAGAUCCAGGAUCUCACUGCAGACGCUCACUGGAGAUACGUACCUGGCACAUCCAACCCAGCCGACUGCGCAUCACGAGGUUUAUCGCUCUCUUGAGAGGGUUCCGGGACGGGUCGCUAGACUCGCACUCUGCUUUGGAGAAGGCCAGACUUUUUUGGAUCAAGGCUACUCAAGCGGCAUACUUCACGCACGAGAUCAAGAUGCUCACGGCCAACUCGAGACCACCAACAGCUCCUUCAGUCUAUUGA